AUGGAACCUCCACCGUUUCUCUGUGAAGAACUCCAACUAGAAAUCUUGUCAUGGCUUCCGGUGAAAUCUCUGGUGCGGUUUAAGUGUAUAUCGAAGUCAUGGAAGUCUACCAUCUCCGAUUCUCAAUUCAUCAAACUCCACCUUCUCCGAUCAUCUUCUAAGAGAAACACAGAUUUCACCCACCUCCUAUCACUGGUACGUUCGCCACCGGAAAGCCCUUCCGCCGCCACCACUGUAGCAAUCCCCGAUGAGUACAUCUUCAGUGGAACCUGCAACGGCUUGAUUUGUUUGCUUACAUUCGAAUACUUGUACCUGCAGUUCCGUUUAUGGAACUCAGCUACGAGGUCAAUGUCUCAACAUUCGCCACCUCUAUAUUUCCCCAUCAACUGCAACUGCUAUUUAGGGUUUGGUUAUGAUUCUUCAACUGACACCUACAAGGUGGUCGUGGCAGUGUCUCACUCUGUGUCUUGGGAGACAACGGUACAUGUUUACAACAUGGGCUAUGAUACUUGUUGGAGAACAAUUCAACUUUCCCAUUUUCCCUCUAUGUGUCCUGGAGGUGAUGCAGUUUAUGUGAACAACACUCUUAAUUGGUCAGCAAUUAAUCUAACAUAUAUUGGAGAUAGUACUCAACUAAUGAACUCUGACCCGGGGACAAUUUUGUCAUUUGAUUUGGGGAAAGAAACUUGUGCACAAUUGCCAUUGCCUUAUUGUAAUCAAGACAUCAACUGGUAUGUGCCAAACCUUGGGGUUUUGAGAGAUUGCCUAUGUUUUUGUCAAACUGACAAGGAGACAUGUUUUGAGAUUUGGCAAAUGAAGGAGUUUGGAGUGCACGAGUCUUGGACUCGGUUGUUUCACAUUACUGGCUUUGAAAGUAUUUUUCGAAAUAUUCAACUCUGGCACUCUUUUGCAAUGUACAUGUCUGAGAAUGGUGAUGCCCUGUUGUUAUCAAAAUCUCGUGUGCCCCCAUUUGAAGCUGUUCUCUAUACCCAGAAAGACAAUAAAUUAGAACUCAUGAACAUUGCUAAUGACAUCGUUGAUUGCUAUGCUCAUAAUUAUAUUGAAAGCUUAGUGUCACCUUGUUGA